UGUGCUAGGCCGCCAUCUUGAAUUUUAAUGUUAAUUUCUAAAAAAAAAUGUGUUUCCUGUGAUAUUUUCGUUAAGGGUGUCGUGCCAAAUUUGGAUUGAAUUCGUAGGAGUGGUGUUUAAUUCGGUGGCAGUUUACCUAAAGCUAUCUGGUUACAAUCUCUACACCCCAGUCUUCCCCAAUCGAGAGUGUUUCUUCAUCUCGGAGACUAAAUGCAACUGGACCAGGGGGCUUGUGGGCAUGAAGUGGCUGGGCGAAUCCAAGAACAUGGUAUUAAAUGGCAGACGACACGGAAACAAGUUGACCAGCGAGCAGCCUGUGAGCCAGAGCCAGACCCGCUCUCAGCAUUCACAGCGAGCUUCUCUGCGUCACAACCGAAACAGAAACCGAAGAUGUAGCCGCAGGUUCAGUGCAGCCAAUCUGGAGGCAGAGAGGCGUUAUGUGCCCUCCUCAGGAAUGACUGCCAAGGAGCUGUGUGAGAAUGAUGACCUGACGACCAGUCUGAUCCUGGAUCCGUACCUUGGCUUUCAGACUCACAAGAUGAACACCAGAUUUCGACCCGUUAAGGGAAGACAAGAGGAGCUGAAGGAGGUCAUCGAGCACUUCAAGAAACACGAUAACUUGGACAAAGCUUUCAAGGCUCUGACGUCCGGAGACUGGUCCCGAAAUCUUUUUCUCCACAAGACAAAGGCUCAGGAGAAGCUCUUUAAGCAGCAUGUGUUUGUGUAUCUGCGGAUGUUUGCCACAGACAGCGGGUUUGAGAUUCUCCCAUGUAAUCGCUACUCAUCGGAGCAAAACGGAGCCAAAAUUGUGGCAACGAAACAAUGGAAAAGAAACGAUAAGAUUGAGUACCUGGUCGGCUGCAUCGCUGAGCUCUCAGAGAGUGAGGAGAACAUGCUGUUGCGGCAUGGCGAGAAUGACUUCAGCGUCAUGUAUUCAACACGCAAAAACUGCGCGCAGCUGUGGCUGGGGCCGGCUGCAUUCAUCAAUCAUGAUUGUCGGCCGAACUGCAAGUUUGUUUCGACAGGACGAGACACGGCCUGUGUGAAGGUUCUGAGGGACAUCGAACCAGGGGAGGAAAUCUCCUGCUACUAUGGAGAUGGUUUUUUUGGGGAAAAUAAUGAGUUUUGUGAAUGCUAUACAUGUGAACGACGGGGCACCGGUGCUUUCAAAUCCAAAGCUGGGCUGCCGGUGGAAGUGCCGGUGAUCAACAGCAAGUACGGGUUACGUGAGACGGACAAACGUCUUAACAGGCUGAAGAAGCUCGGGGAGGGAAACCCGAGCUCGGACAGUCACUCUGUUGGCUCCCACACAGACGUAGACUCUCAGGAAAUGCCAAAAACACAUCAAUCAGCUGCCAGGAAACGAUCGUCAUCGUCAUCGUCAUCUGGCCUGAAAUAUAAAAACAGAACUCAAUCCAGACAGACUUUGUCCAGAGCCAUAACUACCUCAUGUUCAAAACAAGGUCGAGUUCACAAUAACAGGGUACCAAAGAGACUCAAAUCCCAAUCCAAGCCUUCACUAAGUAAAGUCCAGUUGCGGAGUCGCAGGCGAGGGGUGGAGCCUAAGGCACUGGCCAAAGGGGAGGCUCUUCAGCUGGGUCUCAGGGACUCGAAGGCGUCGCUGUGUAAAGGCGUCGCUGUGAAGAAGGAGAAGGACGGGCAGGAGCUGGUGCAGCGCCGCUGUCUCACUCGACACGCUGCAAAAGAAAAUGGAAACCUAUCGCAUGUGCAGAGCAGCGAGGGCAGCCAGUGCUCCGCCUACAGAACUCGCAGGUCUGCAAGGACCCUCAUUAAAGCCCAGGAGACCGCAGGGAGCGUCAAACUGGAGCCCAGGGCCAUGGACGGCCUGAGCCCGGUCCCCGGUGGCGUGGUUAUAAAAACAGAGCCCGCUGACAUGGAGGAAUACAUUCGCACAGGAGUCACACUGGAGCAGCCAGCGUUGGACUCUGGUUACGCCCGAAGAGGCUCGUGCAGGCGAAAGCGUCUGACGCGCCUUGGGUCUGAGAGGACGAUUAAAUGCGAGGACCCGUACGGCGAGCAGUUCAUGCCGAUGGCCGCUGGCCACACUGCAAACUUCUCAGAUUGUGGGAAUGUUCUGCUGAGUUUUGCCGACAGACACAGGGACUACAACGGGGUUGCCAACGGCAGCAAAUCUCUGCGCAGGGACAAAAGUAAGAGCAGCUGCAGGUCGCAGGACAAGGGGAAGAAGAAACGUCGGAUCACACGAUACGAUGCUCAGCUGAUCCUGGAAAACAACUCGGGAAUCCCCAAACUGACGCUCCGCCGGCGGAGGGACAGCAGCAGCAGCAAGACCAACGACGCCAGCGACCCCAUCGGCUCCUCCAACCUCUCCUCCUCUGCCGUCAACUCGGCGUCUUCCAGCAAAAUCAGCAUCAAGUUCAGCAAGGACCACGACAAGGACAAAGGCAGCUCGUACAUCGCCAAGCUGAAUAAUGGCUUCGCCCCUGGCGUGCACAGUAACUCAACAAAGCUGAAGAUUCAGCUGAAGAGAGAGGACGAUGCCCGCCGGAUAGCCCAGACUAACGGGGACAUGAGUCAGAGUCUGGAGAGCAGGAACGGGGGACAUCGGACCCAAAAGGUCCUGCCGGAACCCUCGUCUGAGGAUGAUGAUGACGAGGAAGUGGAGGAGGAGGAGGAGGAGGAGGAGGAGGAUGAUGAUUACUUUGACAAUGAGUUUGAAGAUGAUUUCAUUCCACUUCCUCCAGCCAAACGGCUCCGACUCAUUGUGGGCAAAGACUCGAUAGACAUCGAUAUCUCCUCCAGGAGGAGAGAGGAUCAGUCUCUGAGGCUCAAUGCAUAAGCUGUGGAGCUCAUCACUCCAGCUCCGUGUAAAUAAAGAUGACUCUGAUCAACUGUGUGUUGAUGUAAAAGAAGUACAGUAAUUUAAAAACAGGAAAAAUUGCUGAAAACUGAGAGAACCUGAACGUUACUAGAAGGCGCUGUUUGCCUGAAACAAAUCUGUUUUUCACUUUGGUUUAAAAAAUAUGAGCAAAAAUACAAAACUAUUUUUAAGGUGCAAAAGUCCUUCAGUUCACAGCUCGUAUGUCGUAUAGGCAUAAGUUGUAAAAGUUAAAUUGCUGAAAUAAUUAUCGAUUCUACAACAGUGGCUCUCAGCUGGUCCAGUCUCAGGACCAACCAGUGGGGAAAAACCCAGACUCAACAUUAAAAAAGAAAUCCAACAGCUCUGAAAUGAUUGAAAAAUCACUUCAUGGUCUGAGAAUGAAGGUGGACUUCUGAGGAGAAAAACAUCAUUCAGAAUCAGAAGUCUGUGAUCUCAGGAGUCUGUCUGCAGUCUCAGAAGUGUGACUGUGGUCUCGGGAGUCUGACUGUGAUCUCAGAAUUCUGACUGUGAUCUCAGAAGUCUGGUUUUUAUUCUCAGAAUAAAAGUUGGAUCUCAAAAAGUUAUUUCCAGUGGCCCUAAUCCUGUUCUGUACAUCCUAUUCAUUAUCUCAAUCAUUUUUUCCCCAACACACAUCUGUGACCCAUUCUGGGGUCCUGACCCACCAGUUGAGAACCAUUGCUCCAAAUACCCUGUUGGAUCUUAAGUGAAAAACAAGGUUUGUUUUGGGUAAAACUGCUCCUUCCAGUGAAUGCACUUGUUAUAUUCAUAAUGGACAUGGAUAUUGUAGAAAGUGUACAGUACGGUGACUAUCCCUCUGUCUCAUAGGCAGGUUUUUAUUGAACUGUUGAUUUUUUUGUCUCAUAGUUUGUAAUUUUUGUGUGACAAACCAUGCGGCGUGGUUGGUCCAGAGGCAUUAUAACAGGAUCAGUACAUUUGGAUCAGGUGCCAUGUUCUCAUUACCACAGCAGACUUCUGCUAAAGAGCAGCUUUGAUCUCACUCAUUCAUUAAAUGUUAAUGUUAUUUACUGUUGAAUUUAAUAGUGUCUCUGUAGAGCUCAGUCUUGUUUAAACCUGUGCUAUCAUGUUUUCACUGAGGCUAAAUCCACCAUUUGGUGUUUUAUGGACAUAACCUGCACCAAAACCACAUCACAUGAAAUCCACAUAAAGAAAAUAACCUCAGCUGUCUGAAUGAAAUGUUUGCGUUACAUUGUGAGCGAUGCCCCGAUCAUGUUUCUUUUUCUGCCACUGAAACCAUUCGUCUGUUGGUCCGUCUACUUAGCUUUGUGGUUUGCUAGGACCUCCUACAGGGGGCAGCAAAAACCUGAUUAAAGGAGCUCAAAAGUCACCCCCAACCCUCAAUGCCUGCGCAUUAACCCUGUGGAGCCUUGUCUAAUAAAUAAAGGUGAUAAGAUGCAGAACAAAACUAAGCUGCACUGUGCAUUGAUCAGUUAUAUAUUAGUUGGAAAACAGAUUUCACCUUCAAAAACUCUUCCAAACAUACUUUAACUUUUUUAAAGUUCCAUUCGACCACAUGAUGUUUAAUUUACAGAGCCGACCUUAAACACAUCAUAAUGUAACGUUAUGUGUGGCCCUGUUUUGUUAGCUAAGUAGCCUUCAUCCUUUAUGGGUCUCACUAUUGCAUUAUUAUUUUAACUUUCAGGACUUGUUUCAGAGUUUGGGGGAUCUACUGCUUUGAGUAGAGGAUGAUGACUGGGCCACAGCAGCAGAGAUGACUUUGAUUUUUUUUUUUUUAAGUCCAUAGUCCACUGUGCUGCGUUUUGGUUUACCAGUAUUAUGAUUUGGCGUGCUUCAUAUUUGACUGGCUGGCAGCUCUGUUACCUUAUAAUUAGACUACACCAAACAGGAGCGUUGACCACAGAUGAUCAGUUCUAGUGAUCGGUAGCUGGAAGCAUGGAUUCAGAUCUACUGAUUUUUACAGAAUAAAUUGAGACUGAUCGGGGCAUCCUUAGAGAAUGUGCAUGUGAAGCUACUGUGUGUUGGUUUGCCUGCCUUUUUCCACAUAUUCACAACAUAAAGGAUCAUUUUUACAUUAAAUAAAAUCACUGCAGUUUACUCACUGCGCUGUAAAUAAGCUAAUCAAACAGCAGAGUUUCACAAAUGAGAAGCACACAUUUUUAUAGUGGGUUUAGUAGAAUCAGAGAUGACAGAGGAUAAAUGGACCAUUGUUUGUUUUAGGAGCUUCUGUGUGAUGGAAACAUGGCACACUAACAGUUUCAUUCAUAAAGGCUACCUAUCUGCUUUAAAAUAUCCAAGUAAUGUACAGAAAGACUGGCUCACACAUUUAUCUCCAUUUAAAUUAUUUGACAUGUUUGAUUCAUGCAUCAGUCUAUUACCGCUAGAGUCUGAGGAGGAAAAUCAGAAAUUUUCAAACUAUGAUUAUUUUUAGUUUCUGGUAUGGUGCUAAUUUUAUUUCCUCUCCACCUGGCUGAAGAGUCCAUGUCUCUUUUGGUCUCUGGAUUUGUGAUUCUGAAACAGAAACUGAAUCGUGGAAAAUUGGUUAUCAUUUGAUUUUUGUUUGGAAAUAGAAAAAUCUGUCUUUUUUCCUGGUCAAACCCAGACAACCAGAAGACACAUGGACUUAGACAUUACAUACUGCUCUUCUGUUGAGUCCAGUUCAGACCAAAGACUCGAGACAAGGUGAGGUAAAACUCAAGGGCGCUCCUGCUGGGCAGGUGCAUGUCAAUGUGAGGUGUUACACCUCCGUUUUGCCUCCGUGUUCAUAAAUGUUGGAGCACAUCUUUUAGUCAUGGAUAAUGUUCAUUCUCUAACAUCUCCACGUUUGUCAAACAAGCUUAGAAGCUCUGCAGAGUGAGGCAUAUGGAAGAAAAUGAAAUCUUCCUUUCUGGCACUCCUGAUGACUAAUUGCACUGCCUCACUCAUGCACCGUCAGUAUACUACAAUAUGAAUCCAUGUAAUCAGGCAGGUGUAGUCACUGAAGCUGGCUCAGGUUGAGGACAUUUUAGGCUGUAUGAUUCCUGCAUGAGGCUGACUCCACUGAUUCCAUUUAACGAAGACGCUGCAUGCCAAUCACUGCAGCUCAAACACUAAAAUGCUUUGCUAGCUCAGCCUGGUUAUUACUAAGAUAGCAGGUGAAAACAAUGAUUUUUCACAGGCAAAUUUAGCCCAAAUAUUCUUUAAUUCCUCCAGUUUAUGCUCAUUGCACCUUGCACACUACUUUCCUGGACAGCUGAUAAAGCAGACAGGCGUCUGUCAGGCUGAACAGUUUCUGAAAAACACAAUUUCCAUAAUAAACAGGAUUUUUUUCUAAUAUUCUUCUAACUGGUAUUUGUUGGUGUUAAUAAUCAUAUAAAGGUUUCUGUGUCUUGUGUAUCUGCUCACUUGAGGCCUGACUAAUGCUUUUAUUAUGUAUGCUACCAAGUGCACAGACUUAAAAUUGUAUCUGUACCAAAAUACUGCAGACCCCUAGCCCUGUGAUUGGUCCAUCAGUUAGCACUGGGUGUCUGAGUAAUACCCAGCGGUGUACUGUGUAUACUUUGCUGUGAGAUAAAUGUCUGCAGAUGGAGACACAUUCAUUUCAAUCCACUUCCAGACACCCAGAAAUAUCAGCAGUGUGUUUCCUCAUCCAUGUCUCUCUCUUAAAAUUCCCCGUGCUCUGCCUCAGCUGAUUUCAGCAGCUGUACUCUCCAUCUCCUCCUGUGUCUCCUAUCUUUUCUUCUUGUCAAUAACCGCAUAAUAAUCAACAGAUGAUCAAUUAUUAUCAGAUACAAAUGUAAUAUGAUGCACUCGCAUUCAGUGAGCAUCAUUUCCAGUACACAGACGAGCAGGAAAUGUGGCGGUCCGGCUGGGAUCUGGCUUAGAAAUCAAAUUUGGGCUUCAUAUUGCAGAGUGAUGUCGUGCACAUGCAUGUAGGGCUCACGAUGGUGCAGGAAACUACAGCGAAGAAGCACAAGUCAGGCCGUACUCACUGAAACCAGACUCUGUCAGCAGGCCUGAUCUGAGCUGCAGCGGCUCAGCUCACAGCUGUUAGGGGUCUAAAGCGGACUGUCUGUGUGUGGCUCUGGUCUGAACUGGUCUCUGCAUGGUGGCAGCAUCAACUCUAACAGGCACAAACUCCAUAAAGGACAGGUGUUGUCAGCUGUAGCAUACAGACAGGUGUAUUUAUUUUCUUCACUGGUGCUCACUCUCUUUGUCUGUAUAACUUAUUAGUCAUUUUCUGUCACACAGCAUUAGGUGCCUUAACAAAGAGCUUUCUGACACAUUUAGACCUAAUUUUGUGCUGAUUCAUGAAAAACUUUAAGCCCAGCGUCAGUCCUUCUGUAUAUUAUUUGAAGUUUUGGUUUACCGAGGUUAAUGACGUGUUCAAGGGAUCAACCAAGACUGAAUGUUAACCCACGCUCUCCCGUGUUAAUAUGUACUGUUCAUAUCACCAGCAGCUACUCGCUCAGUCGCCCCGCCCCCUCCAUCCUUCACUGUAAACUGUUCCAGGUGUAACGUCUCUGUGCUCGUUGUCCAAUAGACAGCUGUCAAGAUUCCCCACUGAUUCAAAAAGUUUUAAAAAGUUGAAAUAAAAAAAGAAAAAACAAAUGUGAAUAGUUUGCGGACAUUUGACGUGGGUAGUGGGAAGCUUGUAAAGAGAAUUAAAGGGGCAGUGCGUAUAUUGUCCGAUAUGUAAAUCAUUUGAACACAUCUUGUACUUAUUUAACAGUUUUGAAUACUUGAAGACUAUAUAAAGUUUCUUUGUGA